AUACAACUCACGAUGGACCAUUAAGAGUUGUUGUGUCUCAAAAGUGUCUUGAGUCAGCCUUCAUUUCACUCUGAUCGACAUGACUUCUCUAAAUUGUACCGUUCAUCCCUUUCAUAGUACAAUCAAGAUGAAGGCUGCGACAACAAUCAACAUGAUCGGAGCAGGACACAAUAAAAGCUGCAGAGAAGAACACUGCCAUGGUCUCAGAGCCGAAGUUGAUAUAGACGACCUCGGUGUCACUAUACUACCAAACGGAUUGGUCACAUGGAAUAACAACAGCCCCGAUCAUCCACGAAACUGGACGCCUGUGCGCAAGGCCUACGACAUCGGCGUAGUUGCCACGAUGGAAUUCUUUACUACUGUAGUGAGCACCACGGGCCCAUCUGCAGCGGCCCUGGCUCGUACUGAAUACGAAACUCAGCCUAUGGUCACCUUGAUUGCCUUCACUUUGAUGUACCAGCUAGGUCAAGCACUUGGGGGCCUAAUUGUGCCACCAUAUUCCGAAGUCUUUGGCAGGAAAAAGCCGUACAUACUAGCUGGUGGCAUGUUUUGCCUCUUCUGUCUACUGAUGGCGGUCGUUCCGUCAAUCACGAUGGUGUACAUUGGUCGCUUCAUAACCGGUUUUGCAUCUGCUGUACCAUCGGUUGUCCUUGCCGGGUCUGUUGAGGAUCUUUUCAACAGUAGACAGAGGGUAUGGUUUGUACUAUUGUGGAAUUCUCUUGCUACAGCAGGUUUAGUCUUUGGCCCAAUUUUGGGUGUAUACGUCAGCUUAAACCGAGGAUGGAGAUGGAUUUACUACAUCUCAGCAGUCGUUAUGGCAGCUUUGACAGUUGCAACGCUCUUCAUCCGAGAGAGCCGACCAAGUCUGUUGCUUUCGAAGAAAGUUGCGACGAUCCGCAAGCGUACCGGGCAGGAUCUCAAAUUCGACAACCCAGACGCUGUGGCGAGCCAUGCAAGAUUGAUCGACGUAGUACUGAUCAGACCUGCCACACUCCUAGUAUCAGAGCCACUUGUCAUCCUGGUGAGCACAUUAUCUUCGGUAUCUUGGGCGAUCAUAUACCUCUUCACGGAAGCCCUGACCGGCAUUUACGAAUCCAUGGGCUUCUACCGAGCUUCUGCGUCUCUCCCGUUCCUUGCGAUAGGACUGGGUGUGCUCUUUAGUAUCUUUCCAAGAUAUUUUGACGUCAGAGCAGCGCGAAAACGUAAGGAGCGUGGCGAGCCUUUGGAACCGGAGGAUAAACUCACCGGGUUCUUAUUGGCCGUUCCAUCGCUUGCCAUUGGUCUUUGGUGGUUUGCAUGGUGCAUCCCACCAGCCGUCACAACAAUACAUUGGAUAGUGCCUACUUUCGGUCUCAUCUUCGUCGGCUUCGCUGUCAACGAGAUGGCGUACACUCUUAGUAGCUAUCUGGCGGAUUCGUACACGGUCUAUGCAGCUUCGGCUUUUGCAGCCCUGGCCUUUGUCCGAGCCCUUAUCUCUGGUCUUAUGCCUCUUAUUGCAUAUGCGAUGUACAGCAAUCUUUCAGCCAAUGCUGCGACAACGAUCAUCGCUGUGCUUUCGACGCUGUUUGGAAUUGCACCCUACAUUAUGGUGAGAUACAGCAAGAAGCUUCGCGGCAUGAGCAAGUUCGCAAAAUAUAGUCUGGAUGUGCACGAAAGAACCCGGAUAGAGGUUGAUUAGAAGCUAUUUGUAUAUCAACUCGCACAUACCUAGCUGCAUGCAUUCAACAUGCUUUGUAAGCAGCGAAAUAAGGCCGAUCAAGAAACUUAGCAGGUUCUAAGCUGAGGUAGACGAACAACAACAAUUUCGCACAUCGUCUCGUGAUUUAAUAUCAUAGUGCAGCCGCAAUAAGCCACGAAAAAGAAAUAGAU